AUGUUGAAAAUUAUUGUGCUAACAGCUAUUGUUCUAGAAGUUUCCAGUAGUGAGUUUUCAUUUUUCGAGGAUUUCAAAAACGAAUUUCUAGCCUUCUAUGGAUCAAUGACAGGGUACGCCUGUAAUCAACCAAGUCUAUAUCAAGGCUGUAAUUGUCAGAGUUUGUGCCAACCCUACACCGAGCCAUACAAUAUAUACUACCAGCACGGGUACGGUUGCCAAGGACUCUGUCCUGGAGGAUGUGAAGAGGAAGAUAGUCAUGGAUCAGAGUGUGGAAUGAAAAAGAGGAGGAAGAACAAGAAGAAAAGCAAAAAGAAGAAGAAGAAGUUUCAUUUUUCAGAAGAGGACACCAGUGUAGUGGAUAAUGAAUCCCUCCACCACCACAAAAAGAAGAAACCAUCAGACGAUGACGAUGAAUUCCCACUUCCUCCGAGCUCUGAAGAAGUGGACGCAGCGAAAAGUUCCAAAACUGAAGACAAGGAUUGGGAGGAUGAUGAGAAGUGGGAGAGCAAGUUUGUGAGCCGAACCACGACAGUUAGACCUGCUCCUGCUCCAGCGACUGGUAGCGGUCUUGGAGGACUUGGUCUUGGAAAUGGGGGACUUUUCGGAAUCAGCAGUGGAGUUGGUGUCGGUGUGCCUGGCGUUGGGCCGAUAGGAGUUUCCAGUGGUCUUGGAAUCGGGAAGUAG